AUGUUGACACCACCAAAGCUCGACGCCAUCCUGGUGGCACUCGUCGGUGCCUGCACCGCGAUCACAAGCCCAUCCCUUCUAGUUGCUUCUCCUGGAGAAACAGCGGUCUUACCAGGAUGGAAGCUUCGGCCGGCCACGACAUCGGACGAUGUGCAUCAGCUAUCACAGCCCGGCGCGGAUGUCUCGUCAUGGUAUCGCAUGAGCGCUCGUGGUACUGUCAUGGCCGGACUCAUUGAAAAUGGCGUGUACGAGACGGAGUUGUUUUAUUCAAACAACAGGGCUCCUACGGCGGACAUCGAUACAAUCUAA